UUCAGUCCCACUCUGAUUCACUCUAUCGGCGUGUGUUUGUGGGGACGGGUAGUUGGAGUAAGAAGUCGCCGGGCGGCAGUGCAUCUCAAACGCUUUUUGGGAUAGAAACGCCGCUGAAAUUUGCACCACAGACUGAAGAAACGACCCCCGGUGACGACUUCUGUGAAAUUAUUCAACGCACCGACUGCGACACACGCACAACCAACAAACGCAGCCAGGCUAUCAGGCUAUCAAAUGUUAGCCAGUUAGCAUCCCUGAAAACUGACGGGAUCAAGGUGUUGAUAGCUAGCCUCCCAGCUAAUUAUCCAUUAGCUAGCAUCCUUCUGCCGUAGCAUCAUUAGCUUGAUUUUUCCUUCUCGCGCACGUCAGGACUUCACCAUUGCUCGUGGCGGUGCCUUUCAGCUCGCGGGCACCAAAUCCCACAUCCACACAAAAACAGACAACUAGCUGUUUCUACCUAACGGCAGCUACCGCUGGAAAAGACAACGUCUGCGUUGCAUUAGUUGGCACCAUCACACCCAUCUCCCCAACCCCUUCACCUCUGCCCCUCUCCCUCCACCCGAAACACUGGAAAUCCACAAGCGGCCGGAUAGCGGCGAAGGGCCGGCGAAGCUGGGGGUGCCACCGUUACCGGACUCGCCGGGAGUCGUAACGGCUACAGACAAGCUCAGCUGUGGGGACCUACCGACAAGUAUGGACGGGCUGGCCGUGGAAGUUCGCGGUUCGAAUGGGGCCUUCUACAAGGGUUACAUCAAAGAUGUCCACGAAGACUCGCUCACAAUUGUUUUUGAAAACAACUGGCAGCCAGAGAGACAGUUGCCCUUCAGCGACGUGCGGUUGCCUCCUCCGGCCGACUACCACAAGGAAAUUGGUGAAGGAGAGGAGGUGGAGGUUUACUCGAGGGCCAACGAACAGGAGCCAUGUGGCUGGUGGCUGGCCCGGGUCCGAAUGAUGAAGGGAGAGUUCUACGUGAUUGAAUACGCGGCAUGCGAUGCCACAUACAACGAGAUUGUCACAGCAGAGCGCAUCAGGCCCCUCAAUCCAAACAGCCCUUCCUCUCGAAACUCCUUCCACAAGGUCCCCAUCCCUGUCCCAGAAGACCUGAGGGACAUCUGCGAAAAUGACAACAUUCACAAAGAGUUCAGGAAAGCUAUCGGAGCCAACUGCAUCUUCUACAGUGCCCAAACACACGAACUCAUUGUGCUGUCUACAAAUGAAACCACAGUAAAGCGUGCAACUCUUCUGAGCGACAUGCAUUUCCGCAGCAUCCGUACCAAGCUUAUGCUAAUGUCCCGCAACGAAGAAGCCACCAAACAUUUGGAGACAAGUAAGCAGUUAGCGUCAGCAUACCAGGAGGAGGUGAGGGUCAGGGAGGACCUGAUGGGCCUAGCCAUCGGCUCCCAUGGUGCCAACAUCCAGCAGGCACGGAAGGUACCCGGUGUCACAGCGAUCGAGUUGGAGGAGGAAAGCUGCACGUUCAGGAUCUACGGAGAGUCCCCAGAGGCAGUAAAACAGGCUAGAGAGUAUCUUGAGUUCACAGAAGACUACUUUCAGGUACCCAGGAACCUCGUAGGCAAAGUCAUCGGCAAGAACGGCAAAGUCAUUCAGGAGAUUGUGGACAAGUCGGGCGUGGUCCGCGUCAGGAUUGAGGGAGACAACGACAAAAAGCUUCCCCGUGAGGAGGUAGGCAGGCAGGGGGCAGGCAGGGACGACACUGCCAGCAGCAAAGAGGGCAUGGUUCCCUUCGUGUUCGUGGGAACUAAAGAGAACAUCAGCAAUGCUCAGGCUCUGUUGGAGUACCACGUGUCCUAUCUCCAGGAAGUGGAGCAGCUGCGCCUAGAGCGUCUCCAGAUUGACGAGCAGCUCCGUCAGAUUGGGGUUGGGUACCGUGCGCCUCCUAGUCGAACUGGGGGCCCUGGUGUUGAACGGGAGAAAGGCUACAUGACAGAUGACAGCAGCAACUCACUCCACACCUCUCGCACCUACGGAGGCCGCGGCAGAGGGCGUAGGCCCUCCAACAGCCAGUACUCUGGAUAUGGCACAAACUCUGAACUGUCCAAUGCUUCUGAGUCCGAGGAUCUUGGCGAGCGAGACCAGAGGCCCCGUGGCAUAGGCGGCGAUGAGAGAGGCUCCCGACGGGGGGGCAGGGGCCGAGGCUCUAACCCAGGACGAGGCCGCGGAGGGCCAGCAUCCAAGCCUUCCAACUCCAUCAGCUCAGUGCUGAGGGACCCAGACAGUAACCCGUACUCCCUGCUGGAGGGUGAGGGAGAGCUGGCCGACGCAGACAUCAGCGAAGGCAUGGGAGGAGAUCGCCGCCGACGCUCCCGCCGACGCCGCAACGACCAGGAGCCCAGCGUGAUGGACGCCGCUGCGGAGUCGGACGGCCAGGCCGGCCCCAGCGAGAACGGACUGGAUGAAGAGGCACGACCUCAGCGCCGCAACCGAAGCCGCCGCCGCCGUAACCGCGGCAACCGCCCAGAGGGAGGUUCAGCAAGCCGUGACAGACAGCCAGGUGAAAGUGUGACUGUUGCUGACUACAUAUCCCGUGCCGAGUCCCAGAGCAGACAGAACCUGCCCCAGAAGGAAAACCACGCUGGCCCCGAGCCCAAGGAGAACGGGACCAGCGCCACAAAGGACGAGCGAACGCCCUCCAAGGGUUCCCCCAGCAAAGGCAAGACCUCGGCCAGCGAGACCCUGACCUUGGUCAACGGGGUCUCGUAAAGAGACGGCCCCGUCCCUCGCGAAACCCAAGUCUAGAGCAAGACUCCAUGGCAAACUCUGUCCCUGCUUGCAUUAACUUAAACCUUAAACAGAUGAGUGAAAAGUACCUGACAAAAUACCUGAAAUCAUACUAUGAGAGUGAAAAAGUACAAAAAAACGACACAAAACGCAUCUACUUAAAAACACACGUUAACGGUGUAUGCUAUCCUAUCUAUCAGUACUUAGUGCUUAUUUAAAAAAAAACACAAAAAAAAACUAGCUUGCCAAAAAAGAGCUGGUGGAUGUGACUUGAUUUUUAAAAAUACUGAAAUACGAGAAACAGGACGAGACUUUUUCUGUUUGUUUUUUGAAACGGUUGUCUUUAUUUGUGUCUUUUUUUUUUUUUUUUUUUUUUUUUUGUUAAUUUUGUUCAUUGUUUAUCACUGGUUUGGACUUGGCGGUCGCUCUCUCAACAAAAACAGACGCGUCUCUUAACAGUGUUAAAGUACAGACUAGAGAGAUGGAAGCUGUAGGGAGUGGCGCACAAGCAGACAGUCCAAUAGCUUAUGUGACGCGACGUUCGCACACUGAACCUGGGAGUGGAGGCAGACAGACAGACAGAUUGGAAUAUUGAUAGACAUUGUGCCUUGAAUUUGAAGAAAAUAAUAAAAAAAAAAAAACUUCAGUUUUCCAUUUAAGUUUGUUUUUUUGUUUCCCAAGAGGAAGAAAAGAGGGAAAGGUGGUCUUCCAGGGUUUUUUUUUUUUUUUUUUUUUUCGGUUCCAAGAAGAGAACAGACCUGUGAGGGAGUGAUUUGUAAAAAUGAGUGAAAAGAGGAUACAGAAAAGGAGGGAGUGGCUGGCCAACGUGAGGGGGGGAAAGUCUGGUGCCAAACACGAAAUUCAAGGCGCUUGUUCUCAUUCCGAGUAGAAUGGACGGCGUAGGGGGGGGGUCAGUGCGCGCGUGUACGUACGUGCGCGCGUGUGUAUGUGUGUGUUUGUGUGUGCACGGUUGCGAUAUUUGGCAACCACAAAACAAAACUGGGGAGGGGUGAGGUAACAAAAAACGUAACGCAGCCCUGGGCGGGUCGCACGCACGGUGAGGCAUCUCUAUUUAUCAACAGGCCUAAGGGGGUAUUCCUCCUCCUACCUGUUCUAGGUCUUUUUUGAGGGUCCAGGGUGGCUCCCAUACAGCCUUGUAAACAGGACAAGCUGAGACCAGACAGACGGCAGACUUGAACUAUAGAUUUAGACUUAAUGACAAAACUAUACCGUGCCUCUUUCUCUGUGUCGGAGGGGGCAGCGGUGCUAGCUUCCAGCCACACUUGUGUCUUGAUAAAAAAAAAAAAACCACUGCAGCACACAGCUCCGAAUGCACACGAGGGCGAACCACCUUUCUGGGACAGGUGCUGCUAGUGGGGGGAGAAGGGCCUGGAAACUGCGGACAGUGGGGAUUGGGACAGCUUCAAAUGACCUGAGAAGCCACAUGACACACAGGCUCACACUUGCAGGAUACAUACAAUAGGCAUACACGCAGGGGGUGCGUGCAAGUCGGCGCGGUCGCCUCGUAAUGGCGCAAAAGUAGAGGACCGCAACAGAGAAACUGAACAAAACCAAGCGUGGUGUCUGUCUUGUUCCUAGCAGUUUGGGUCGGCAAAAUGGAGUAAGAGAGGGACUCGAAACCUCCCGUGGCUCUCUGCUCAUAUUGUUACUGUUGUCUUGGUUACCGCUCUCAAGUUCUUUUUGUUGCUAUUUCCACAUCUUAGAAAAUAUGAAAUAAAAAAUUGAAGUGAAAUCAACCUCUUCUCUGGAGAUGAACUUUGAUUUCUCUGUCUUGUGAGUUUGCAGUCUAUUUUUCUAACUUGCAUGGCGUUUUAGUUAACGACUAGUAGGUGGUGCCUGUCCUGUGCAUGAGGAAAGGGUGUUAAUUAAUCUGACUUACAAAGCCAUUGUUUCAUUCACUAGAAUUGCUGCUAAUGUACACAUUGAAUGUCCAACUAACGUAGAAACUCUACCUAGAAGAGAGUGAGACUAUUUGUGACUUUUUAAAAAAAAUAAAUAAAAAAAAAACCCUUUCCUUCCCCCACCCGCCACUCAUCUGCCCAGAACGCCCAAGUUUCUACCGGUGGAUUUGAGUCAGGAAGGGACCCACUCCUUCGCUCACAAGUUUUCAGAGUCACACACACACACACACACAAAGUAUUAAAUUACAAAGGGCAACAUUGUGCAUGACAUGCAAGCGUCCACAUGACCAAAGGUUUUGAGAGACAAGAUGAAUGGGAGUGUGGUUGAGAUGACCCAGAUGCUGCUGUCAUACAUUUCUGCUCACCUGUAUGUUGUGUUUUUAAAGAAUGAACGAGCACUUGAGUAUUUGUACCUUGGUUCAGUUGCAUGUGUGUGAGUGGAGGACGAAGCCCUAUCUGGAAUGUUUGUGUUUACCUUGAUACCUCAUUGUGUGAGUACUGUAUAUCCUAAUGUAUCUGUAUCCCUCACGUCCUGUUGAAAGACUGCUGGCUGCUGUGUGUGUGUGUGUGUGUGUGUGUGUGUGUGUGUGUGUGUGCGCGCGUGUCUGUGUGGAUGCUGGUUGUACAGUCGACUCCUCACUCUGUCAGAUUUUGUCUCUGGUUUUCUCACUCAUGUUCUGAUGGCAAUAAAGGACUUUUCAUUGUUUGGUA